CCCAAUUAGCCACGACUAAACCCCGUUAUUUGUGGCAACUUCCCACGUGUACACCAACACUCUUUAAUGUUUCUACUCUAAAUACCAAAUAUAGAUUCGCACGUAGAUAUAGUAUAUUUGAUAUUUACACAAAAUAUAUCUUGUAUUCAUCGUCUUUUCCACUAAAUCCCUUCUUUGCCAGACCAAUUAAGACUAGUCUUAGUCUAAACUUAUAUAUCCCGUGGCUGGAUUUAGAUUAGAUCUCUGCCAAUAGACAGCUUUUGAAAUUUCUAGUAGGUAUAUAUGCUCAAGACAGCAUUUUAAUGAAAUUAUUCCUUCCUUUUUAUUUUAUGAGAGGAACAGACCUGAGAGAAAAAAUCAGAAGACAUUAACAAGAUUUCAACCCUACAAUUUUGUGAGAGGAACAGACUAUGGGGAAUAUUAGUUAAAAUGCUAAUGGAGUAUAUGAAUGUGCACCAAUAGUUUUAUCCAGUGUGGAAAAAGAAAGGUAUUAACGUCGCUACUAUUCUUUUCCUUGUGUAAAUUGCAGUGUGAUAAUGAUGGAGAGAUGAAUAUUUGUAAGGAGGUCUCUAUGCGUUGCAGAAUACUAGUAGUAAUUUCUGAUGAAUGUCAUAAUGUUGCUUGUCCAGAGACAACAUUGCAAAUAGGAUUGAGGCAUGGAAGAAAUCAAGAAAUUAAAUGCGCUUGUGCCUUGUUCAGAGGAGACUAAGGACUCCAAUUUUAUGCUGGCUUUAUGCAUGGACUAGCCAUGCUAAAAAUUAAUAUGACGGACGGAGUUUCAACGGUGCCUGAUCUUUCUUUACAGAUCAGCUUACCGUCAUGUAUUUCAAAAAAAGAUCAGUUCAAAGAAGUUGUUGGCUUUGAUUCAACAACGGAUUCCGGUAGCAGUGCUAGUGGGGGAAGCGAUUUGAGCCACGAAAAUAACGGAUUUUUUCACCCAGAUAAAAAUAAAGCGUUUAAUCUUCCAUUAAUUCCAUCUUUUGAGCCAACCCUAAGUCUAGGGUUCGCGCAACUACCAAUAAAUAGAAACGUUGUUCAUCAUCAUCAUCAGCAUCACCAGCAUUAUCAGUCACAAAUAUACGGCCGUGAUUUCAAGAGAAGUUCGAGAUUGAUUAGUGGAGUGAAAAGAAGUGUUAGAGCUCCUAGAAUGAGAUGGACUUCAACUCUUCAUGCCCAUUUUGUUCAUGCUGUUCAGCUUCUCGGUGGACAUGAACGAGCAACACCAAAAUCCGUGCUAGAGUUAAUGAAUGUGAAGGAUCUAACCUUAGCUCAUGUGAAGAGUCACUUACAGAUGUAUAGAACAGUGAAGAGCACUGACAAAUCCACAGCUAAAGGGCAGACAGAGAAUAUAUUUAUGAACCCAAACAAAGGGAUUAAUAUUGGUGAAUAUGAAAAAUCUUGUGAGGAGAUUGAUACCAUUAAUAUAACUGGCCCUUCAGUAUCACUAUCAAGCACCAUACCACAAAAUACGGCUCAUAUCAGCAGGGAUCCGUCGUCAUUCAUGCCUGAAGAGACAAAUGCAUGGAGCCACUCAAAUAGAGAAACAUUUGCUUAUCCUCACAUCUACUCAAAUAUGGGUGGAGUUGAGACAGCCGAUAACAAAUCUUCUAAUGAUACAUUGGUUAAUCUUGAAUUUACACUAGGAAGACCAAGCUGGAAAAUAGGAUAUGGUGGAUCAUCCUCAAAUGGUUCGACUCUUCUCAAGUGCUAAAAUACUGGAUUAUGUAGAGUUUAAAUUAAUUAAUUAAGUUAACGUAGUUAUUAGUUAUAGUUUUCUCUGUGACAGCAGGAAUAUGGUCCAAUUUUGUCUUGACCGCGAAAAAAGAGAAAAGCUUUUAGUUGAUUUUGCUAAAUCAUUUUAAGGUUAGGUGACAAAUUUGAUGUGGCUAAUGAUUCUCUUCCACUGAGUAUGUAUCAUUUUUUUUUCUAGAAGAUUUUCUCUGA